GUUUAAAUAAAAAAAAAAAGAAAAAAAGAAAAAAAGGUCAAAGGUCAAAUUUCUCCGGCUUCUUCCCUCUCCGUCUUUAAAUUAAACCCAGAGGCUUUAGAAGAAGAAGAAGAAGAAAUAAAGGAGAGAGGAAAAUCGAAAGGAAAAUGUGUGGGAUUUUCGCGUACUUGAAUUACAACGUGAACAGAGAGAGGCGAUACAUUCUUCAAGUUCUGUUCAAUGGCCUGAGGCGAUUGGAGUAUCGGGGCUAUGAUUCCUCUGGGAUUUCCAUUGACGAUUCCUCCGAUCCAAACACUCCUCAACCGUCGUCUUCCAGCUCUGUCUCUGUUCCGCUCGUUUUUCGCCAGGAGGGAAACAUCGAAUCCCUCGUCAAAUCAGUCUACCAAGAGGUUGAUGAAAAGGAAAUUAAUUUGGAGGAGUCUUUUUCUAUACAUGCCGGAAUAGCGCACACCCGUUGGGCCACUCAUGGGGAGCCAGCCCCAAGAAAUAGCCAUCCCCAGACUUCCGGUCCUGGAAAUGAAUUCUUGGUUGUUCACAAUGGAAUUAUCACUAAUUAUGAGGUCCUAAAGGAAACACUAGUUCGACAUGGGUUCACAUUUGAAUCUGAAACAGACACUGAAAUAAUUCCAAAACUUGCUAAAUAUGUCUUUGACAAGGCAAAGGAAGAAGCUGACCAGACUGUCACAUUUAGUCAAGUUGUGCUUGAAGUUAUGAGGCAUCUUGAAGGAGCCUAUGCACUUAUUUUCAAAAGCCGGCAUUAUCCAAAUGAGUUGAUUGCUUGCAAACGUGGCAGUCCAUUGCUUCUUGGUGUUAAAGAACUUACAGAAGAUGUAACCAAUGGAUCCGCAUUUCAUAAUGAUAACUUCCUUUCAAAGAAGGGACAUCCUAAAGAACUCUUCUUAUCUAGUGAUGCCAAUGCUGUAGUUGAGCACACAAAAAAGGUUUUGGUUAUUGAGGAUGGUGAAGUGGUUCAUCUCAAGGAUGGAGCUGUGUCAAUCCUAAAGUUCGAUAAAGACAAGGGAAAGCAUGGCGGUGCCCUUUCAAGAGUUGCAUCCGUUCAACGUGCAUUGUCCAUUCUUGAGAUGGAGGUUGAGCAAAUCAACAAAGGAAAAUAUGAACAUUAUAUGCAGAAAGAAAUUCAUGAACAACCAGAAUCUCUUACGACCACAAUGAGGGGGAGGCUCAUACGUAGAGGUUCCUGUAAAUCCAAGACUGUCCUUCUUGGUGGUCUGAAGGAUCAUUUUAAAACAAUCAGGCGAAGCCGACGGAUUCUUUUUAUCGGUUGUGGAACAAGCUACAAUGCUGCUUUAGCUGCUAGACCCAUCUUGGAAGAACUUUCCGGUCUCCCUGUUACCAUGGAAAUCGCUAGUGACUUAUUGGAUCGGCAGGGUCCGAUAUACCGAGAAGAUACAGCUGUCUUUGUCAGUCAAUCUGGUGAAACAGCAGAUACUCUGCAGGCAUUGGACUAUGCUUUGGAAAACGGCGCCUUAUGUGUUGGCAUCACAAAUACUGUUGGUAGUGCAAUAGCCAGGAAUACACACUGUGGUGUGCAUAUUAAUGCUGGUUGUGAGAUUGGUGUUGCUAGUACUAAGGCAUACACAAGUCAAAUAGUUGCGAUGGCAAUGUUAGCACUAGCAAUAGGCGGUGACACAAUUUCAAAUCAAGCAAGAAGAGAUGCUAUAAUAGAUGGUCUAUAUGACUUGCCAAACAAAGUCAGGGAGGUCCUGAAGCUUGACCAGGAGAUGAAAGAUCUUGCACAACUAUUAAUUGCCGAGCAGUCGCUUCUUGUUUUUGGGAGAGGAUACAACUACGCAACAGCCCUGGAGGGUGCUUUGAAAGUAAAGGAAGUGGCACUUAUGCAUAGUGAAGGAAUACUCGCCGGCGAAAUGAAACAUGGCCCUUUGGCUUUGGUUGAUGAAAAUCUCCCUAUUGUUGUCAUAGCUACCCGUGACUCUUGCUUCAGCAAGCAACAGUCGGUCAUUCAGCAACUUCAUGCUCGCAAAGGCCGCUUGAUAGUGAUGUGUUCACAAGGAGAUGCUGCAUCCGUGAGCCUUGGUGGAUCUUGUCGAGUAAUUGAAGUUCCGCUGGUCGAGGAUUGUCUUCAACCGGUAGUUAAUAUAGUUCCAUUACAGUUGUUGGCAUAUCAUCUUACCGUCUUGAGAGGUUUCAACGUCGAUCAGCCCCGCAAUCUUGCUAAGAGUGUUACGACGCAAUAGAGAAGAAGUUUCAUGGGCAAAAGGAAAACUGAUCUGACUCUCAUAAAUUACAAAGCUCCACCUUCGGAUGGUGGCUUUUUUCACUUGGUAAUGUUGCUUUAAACAUUAUUAUGCUGAAGAUUGUACCUCACUCCCAACUCUUGAUUCUUGACCUUUUGAGCCACUGUAUAUUAUCUUAGGCACAUUACUAACCCUCUGUUUCUCCUCCUCUUCAGACUGAGGCUAUGGACCUAUGGUAUAAUAUGUAUUGUGUUUGAUUAUAUGAUUAUUAUUUUUACACUCGAUCUAUUUGAAAA